AUAACUGACACUGACCAAGCAGCAAAAUGAAUCCAUUUCGAUGAGCGCUGUUUUCAACAUUUGCUUCUACAUCGGACACGUAGGAGUAUUUGAUGGAGGCACCAUCAGAGUUUUAAAAAAUAGAGAGAGACACUUCAGGGUUCCAUUCCAUUUGCAUUAAUCGCACGAAAUAAAUUCCCAAUUCAUCGCUUUUGCAAAAAUGGCUGAUCUAUUGAGAACAAACAUCUAUCUUGCUGCUAUGCUCGUUUUCUCGUCUUUGGGCAUCUUGAUCAACCUAGCCACCGUGUGUGCCAUCUUACUGAACAAGGCGUUAAGGAAGGAACAGCAUAUCUUCACUUUCAACAUGGCUCUCGCAGAUUGCAUCUCAGCUGUUUCAAUGUUCAUCUUCAACUUGUAUAAGAUUCCCGAGGAUUUAUUUGAAAUAGGAGAGGACUCAUGGAUUGAAAGUUUUGGUGCGACUGGUUUGGUCAUAUCGAUACUAAGUACACUCGCUAUUGCCUUCGAGCGUCUCAUCAUCCUUCGCAUUGACGCUCUCGGAAGCCGUCGCAUCGUCACUGCCAGGCGAUCCAUAGCUGUCUGUGUGGUCGCUUGGAUAGCUGUGCCAGCAAUGCAUUUUCUUCUUGGAUUCAACAGUCCCAUAUCAGAGGCACUUCAACACAUUGUAUCUCCGUGUAUCAUAUUGUCAUCUCUCUUCAUCACGGCGAUAUGUUACAUCCUCAUCUACAAAAACAUCACCAUGAUCUCUGAGAACGUCGGACUCAACGACGCAGCGCUCCAGCGACGCGCAAAAAACAGCAAAAAAGUACUCGUGACCUUUGCCCUUGUGGUCGCAAGCACGAGCGCGUGCUGGAUCAUCAUGUGCUGCAUUGCUUUUGUUGAAUACAUCUUCUACGUGUAUCAGCAUCAAGAUCAUCGAGAAACUCUUUGGUUCUUGGUCCUAUUCGAGAUUGCCAACGUGUUAAUAAUCAUAAACGCCAUACUGAACCCGGUCAUAAUCUGGUUGCGUCUGACUGAUUUCAGAGCACAGCUACGCGCUUGCUUUGAGAGACUAGGAUGUCGAAAGACGCAUGAAUCCCAGAACUCGUCCCAUGUUACACUGAAUUUGGCAACCACCACUACGAAUCGAUCAGUCUCUACCACCAACACCGUCAUGCACGACAUCAGGGUGAAUUGACUGCUGGACAAAAUGAUGAGCCUAACCUUACUUUGCAUCUAAACCUGAAUAGCCCUUCACACACUCUCGACUUUUUUUUGCUUCGGCCUCGUAGAGCCAGACGUAGUCGGAAAUUUAUUUUAUUUCUUCAUUUCUUCCAUAAAUAAUUGAAAACAGGAUUUCAAAUUUGGUCAACAAUAUAAGCAUAUUAUCAAAAUAAUAAACAUAAUAUAACUUCUAAUUUAGACCAUCCCAUGUCAUUAGCCAAAUAAAUGUAAUUGAGUUGUUUGCGUGAGCGAAAUAAAAUAAUAAGAAAAAUUGUUUAUUCGAAUAGCCCCCUUAACCCCCCCCCCCCCCUCCCCGCCGGCCGGCCGGACGGUGAUAUCACUCUGAUACACGAUUGCUUAGUUCGCAUUCAAAACAAACAUAAACACCUUAAAUAAAUCAUACUACACAUGUCCUAUAUCCACAUCAGAGAUAGAUAGCACAUGUACAGGAGAGUGUAAAAUAUAGAGAUAUGGUGUAAAAUAAUACAGCCUAGAUGUGUGCAAGGGUGUUGGGAGCAAAAGCAGUAAGGGGAACUAAAAUGAGAUAUGUAGAUAGUUGUAUGGAGGGUGGGAUGGAGAUGGGAAAAAGUGGAAAGGGAGGGAGAGGGCUAAGACAAAGUGAGUUUAUUGAGAAACAAAAAAAUACUACAUAUGAUACAUGCUUAUACUAGAAAGGUAAACGCCUACCUAUAAUUCUUUUUAAUGUGGAAUAUCGAGGCUGAAUGACAAGAUGAUACUUUUACUCAUGUGAUAAUAUACUUUUUUAUUCGUUAAUUUUAAGCUAUUAUUGGGCAACAAAGGGACUUUCAUGUUUACAGUAACUGAUCAUUAAUUUUAUACAUCAGAUAGCCUUCUGUGGUCUCGUAGGCUUAAAUGAUGAUGCCUUCGUUACCUCAAUCACAAAACUUCGAACUUUCUUUUUUUUUAAUUGGUCGUUUUAGUGGAAUCUAAUUAAACAAUCAUAACAUAUUUACAAUAUUACUGCAGGAAUUUAUUAAGAAUUUAUUUAUCAUCAAGCCACAUCUCGUAGAGUAUAUUAUUAUCAUGCCAUCUCUUGUAAGGGUUUUUGUUUGUGUGUUGUGGGGGGGGGGGGGGUCUUUGUCCUCCAAAGUGGUCAGAGUCAUAGUGGGGGUCUCUCGCAAACUCUUCUGCUGUAACCUUUUGAUAAGGCAAUAAUUUAUGUUGUGAAGUUUGUAUAAAUUAUGGUGGCUAUUUUGGGGAAAUUGAGAAUGUUAAGUUAAGAGUUGUGUCUCCUUUUUCUCUCAGCAACAUCUCCAAUGUUAUGAAAACAUUAUUAAAAUAAAGGUCACGAACGUGUUAAAAUUUUAGUUAUAUAAAAGAUUACACUGAAUCAC